UUGAAUGCUAAGGCGGCGUCAAUAAUCAUGCCCGCGCACGUAAGACCGGCUUCUUGAACGUGGGCGGUGACGUGCGCGUUCACGCAAACUCUUUGUGUGGCGGCGUAAAGAACCGCGCAGAGAAUAACCAUGGCGGACGAAAAACCCAAGGAAGGGGUGAAGACGGAAAACAAUGACCACAUUAACCUGAAGGUGGCAGGUCAGGACGGCUCUGUGGUGCAGUUUAAGAUCAAGAGGCACACGCCACUCAACAAGCUGAUGAAGGCGUACUGCGAGAGGCAGGGGCUGACGAUGAGGCAGAUUCGCUUCCGGUUUGACGGCCAGCCGAUAAAUGAGACAGACACACCAGCACAGUUGGAAAUGGAGGAUGAAGAUACGAUCGACGUGUUUCAGCAACAGACAGGAGGCCUCUGCUAAAGUCAUCCUUUGUCCCCCCCCUCACCCCCGCUUUUCCGAUAUUACACACCUCCGCUCUUACCACUCAACGGUAUCACUUAGUUUUCAGUUAUACAUAACUGCUGUUGUAUAGUGCUCAGUCUUGCUUUCAUUCUUUUUGUACAUAAACAACUGUAAAAAACCAUAUAGUUAGUAGAAGUGGCAUUAAACACUGAAAGUUACUGGUGAAGCGCAAUACUGCCAGAUGGGCAAACCCUCCAACACAAAGAGACCCCUGGAACUCGAGUAGGUCCUGAUCCACAUCAAGAAGUAGCCUGGUUAUCUGACCUAAUUUUCUGUUCCCUAUUUAGAAAAUUGAUUUUAUAUCUUUUUUUAUAUUGUAGUAGUAUAUGUGUAGAAAAGGCAUUGUGGUAAAGUUUGACUAGCCCAACUUUAUGUAAGAACCCUGAUUAUGGGGUUUUAAGUUAAACAUCUGUAUUGUCUAAUAAAAUUCUUGUUUAAAAAAAGUUAUCUUCUGCA